AUGGCGGAAGAGGGCAUGUCUAUUGUUCCCUACGGAUCUUCUAACUUUGACGUUGUGCUGCGUCACAACGAUUCAGUCGUCGUCUUCGACCGAGACUCCCGGCAGCUGGUACUGCGGAACGCCUCUGACAGCCAUGCGGGCCUUGAAUUGACCGACUGUCCGUAUUGCCAUCGACCGCUUCGUGAGAGCAAUGCAGGUCAAGAAGGGCACCAUGCUAGUCCUCAGCCAGAAUUUGUCAACCCGGACUACUUUCGCAUGCUUCAUAAUAGCUUGCCUAGCUCCGCGGACUCGUCAACACCCCCUUCUCCUCGUCGGCGUUUGGUCCAACCUGCUCUCGCUGAUGGGCCCACAAACGAGCCAACUCCUUCCAUCAGUGGAACUCAGGGGAUAUCCUCUGCCGCAUUUACCCAGGAUUACUUUAAAAAAUUCUUCGUUGAGGAGAGAAUUCUAGGGAAAGGGGGAAAGGGUGUGGUGCUUCUCGUGAAGCAUGUGCUUGAUGGUGUAUCGUUGGGACACUACGCUUGCAAACGUGUUCCGGUCGGUGACGAUCACGAAUGGUUGGAAAAGGUCCUGGGCGAGGUCCAAUUGUUGCAACAUUUAUCGCAUCAGAAUCUCGUAUCCUAUCGGCACGUAUGGCUUGAGAAUGCUAAAAUCAGCACGUUUGGGCCAAGUGUACCGUGUGCGUUCAUCCUACAACAAUACUGCAACGCCGGAGAUCUACACAACUAUAUUUGUGGCUCGGUGCAAGAUAUGACUACGCCACAGCAAUUAAAGGCGCGUCUGCGGAGAAAAUCCAAGGGAGAGCCGGAACCUAAGGUUGACCUGGGCGGACCUCGCAAGCUGAGUUUCGAGCAGAUUUAUUCGUUCUUCAAGGACAUCACGUCCGGCCUCCGUCAUUUGCAUGUGAAUGGUUAUAUCCACCGGGAUCUCAAACCUAAUAACUGCUUGCUUCAUGAAACGAGCGAUGGUUUACGGGUGUUGGUCAGUGACUUCGGCGAGGUCCAGGCUCAGGAUACCACCCGAUUGUCAACUGGGGCAACCGGAACCGUUUCAUAUUGUGCACCGGAAGUCUUGCGACGAGAGUACCCUGGAGGUCCAUUUGGCAAUUUCACGUUCAAGUCAGAUAUCUUCUCCUUGGGGAUGAUACUCCAUUUCCUAUGCUUUGCGGAACUUCCUUACCGCAAUGCUGACCUGAUUCACGAGGAGAAAGAGGAUCUUGAUCAACUUCGUGCUGAAAUCAGCCAGUGGACUGGGUUUGAUGACGAACGUAGACUGCGACCGGACUUGCCUGAGAAGCUCUAUACUUUUCUCAAACGUCUCUUAUCUGUGGACCCCGACCGACGGCCGACUGCGGAUGAAGUCUUGAGCGGCAUUCACGCCGGUGUCAACGGGAAUGAGCAUUUCCGGUUCAGGAGAUCUAGCUCCACGAGUCCCGACCCUCGUACCAACUCGAGAAUUCAUCCAGUCGAUAGCCCCGACGCUUCGUCGGUGGGCCGAUCUCUCUCUCCAAGGAAUAAACUCGCUGGAAGCCCAGUGGCUCUACGGCGCAGCCCUAACUAUGAACCCAACAGCACCGUUCUUGAGGCAGCGUCUUUUGCCAACAGCAAUGGGACAGAGAAAAGAGACUCUCUCACCUCCGAGCGAGAGCUGAUGAUCCGACCCAGGUUUUCUGCUACCCCUCCGCCUACGCAGGAUCAUAUCGACCGUGCUGAGCAGACAAAUGAGAAUCGAGAUACUCGUCCCCUACAGCAUUUGCUACCUCCGCCGCCAACUCGUCCUUUCCUGGCAAGGCUCUUCGGAAUAGUCUCGUCUCAUCGAUUGCCUACUAUGCCAUUUCUGCCCCUGUCUUUAUUUUUCGUGAAGGUCGUUUCAGUCUUUCAGCCGUGUGCUCCCCUAGCUGUCAACCCUUGGGUCCUCUACCCCUUGCUUCUACUCGCGGGAUUCAUUCUGCGGUCCCGCAGUUUACUGGCACACUUUGUCGCCCUCGGUGUCCACGUUGUCAUUGUCAGCCUCAGCAUGCGAUUCCAUAAAUUGUGUCUCUGGCAAGCCCCUGGAGAGGCAAUGCUUCUUUGA